CAAGUAUCAGAAUUUAUUGAAAUAUUAGAAGUUGGAGGGGUUGAUCAUGAUAUGGAAGUUAAAGCAUUAGGAGUUUUAAUUAGAGCACAAAAAAGAUUAAAAAGUUUUAAAUAUACAUGGGAUCAUCAAACAAAAUUACAAAUUGUAUUAUCAGAAACUCUUUUUACACUUAAAUCUCAAGCAAAAUCAUUAAAAUCAAUACAAUUUGAAUAUUGUAAUUUUCAACAUUGUGAAUCUAUGGAAUCUUUAAUAGCACUUGAAAAUUUAGAAUAUUUACAAUUUAUACAUUGUAUAUAUAUAGGUGAUAAAAUGAAAUCUUUAUCUUUAGCAAAUUUUUCAAAUUUAAAAUAUCUUGGAUUUUAUACUAAUUAUAUAGAAUCACCUCGUUGUUGGGUAUGUCCUGAUGAUGUAGCAGCAUUAAUCGAAAAUUGUCAUAAUAGUUUAGAACAAGUUAUGUUACCAAGAACUGGAAGUUGUACAGUAUCAUCUAAUAAAUUAGUAAAAGCUCUUAGAUUAUGUAGAAAGAUUAAAGAUUUAAAAGUACAAAUGGGAGAAGGAGAUGCUGAAGAAUUCUUGGAAUUUUUAAAAAAUAAUGAUAAAUUAGAAAAAGCAACAUUAAUUUGUUAUGGGGAUUCAAAUAUUGAAUAUUUUUUUACGAAAACUAUAAGACAAUGGCCAGAUACUUUAUCAACAUUAAAUUUAAGAGGACAAUGGAUUAUUUCUCCCGAAUAUUUAAAAACAUUUUUAAAAGAAUGUAAAUCUUCAGUAAAACAAUUAGAUUUACAUUCUUCUCAUAUAACAGAUGAUCAUGUUAGAGCUGUAAUUGAAUAUAUUAAAGAAAUGAGGGAUGCGAAAAAAACUCCAUUAAAUAGUUGUUUAAUAUCUGGUGAUCAAAUAUCUGAAGAAGGAAGAAGGAAAGCAAGAAAUUUUGUAAAUUUGACAGGAAUUUUUCUUUGAUAACCAUAUUACAGUAUAUAAAAAAUUUUAUUACCUUUUCAACAAAAUUUUUAACC